ACCACUCUUGUACUAGUCAAUCUCUGGCCUUUCCCGCGCCAGCACGCUGGUGGAGGAUACUUUUAGCUCGGUGUGUAUUGAGAAAGAUUCUCUUUUUUUUGCGCGCGCGAACAAAAGGAUCAAAAGUAGCACGCGGAGAUCGCUGCUGGGUAAUUGAGUGAGACCCUCUCCUUGGCAAAUAUGAAAGUUUCUUGGGUGCUUUUUGUGAGUGCUUCAGCCAUUGGAAUGGCUUGCAUAACAUACGGUGCAAGUACAAAUGCCACAGCUGAGCCAAAAGAGAUCAUCGACAUCCCUGGGAAUGCCUCAAAAAUCCCCGCAAAGGCCACAGUGGCGCCUGAAAAGGAUCAUCAGGGAGGUAGAAGAGCGGUGAAGAAUACGAAGAAGGACACAAAAUCCAGCGCGAGUGUCCUUGCAGUGAGCACAGUGGCCACGAAAGCUCCUCCCACGCCGAAGCCUAAAAAAGUCACAAAGAAGGAGCAAAUUCGGAAAGCAGCGGAAAAGGCUGAACUGAUCUGUCCGAAGAAUCCUGAGAAGCACGUGGGAUGGUUCGCUUUGCCGUGCACCAACAACAAAUCCUGCCUCAUCAUGGGAAAGAAGCAUGUUUGCUGCAAAGUCAACACGUACCGGCGAUGCAUUCAAGGAGUCCCAAAACCCAUUGUUGAGCCCCCACAUGAGCCUAUUCUGGGCAUUAUUCAGCAAAAGUGCCCAACAACACCACUUGCUGAACUCUUCUGGAACGUCCAGACAUGCGAUACAGAUGCCGAUUGCUGGCCCAGAGUUUGCUGCCCUGAUGGUCAGAAGAAGUACUGCAGGAAUGCCGCUGUGGAGCUUCAGAAAUCCAAUAUUCCCUUUGCACGUUCCCUAGCCAAUCCCUUGGAAGCCAUGUCUGGGUACAUUCAGUGCACACCACCACCAUCACCCCUCUACGAUCUCUACCCCAAGCCGUGCAACAACACCCUAGAUUGCUUCCCCAAUGUUUGCUGCCAGGAAAAAGGGAGGAAACACUGCAGACCUCCCAAGAGAUCCCUUCUGGCGCUCCUGACCACCAUGACACAGAGCGUCAGUGCCCAGUGGCUUAAGGAUUGGGCAUCGAAUCUCGUCAUCCCAUAACCUGUGAUCUAAUUGAGGAAUUUCUUCUCACUUCAGUACCUUGAAUAAAUGAAUUUAUAACUACAAAAUUAAAUUAAAUUAACAAAAUGUUGAGAGAAAAACUGAGAGAAUGGGGAAAUUCAAGAAAUUUUUAGAAUAAAGAAUUUUUUUUUAAAAACAU